CAAUGACAGAGACAUCCACACACAAUGAGAUAACAUCUUCAGUGCACACCACAAUGGAAACAAGCAACAGUGAGACAACCUCAGCAACAUCCUCUCCACCGCCUACGGUGACCUUCUCUUCCACCCAUAGCACCUUCUUGACUUCUGUCUCUCACACAACCCUUUCUGAAACCACCACCAAUGAAACGACUCUGGCAACAACACUUUCUGCUCCAGCUUCAACAGCAUUUACCAAGCGUGAAACAACAUUGUCAACAACACCUUCUGCGUCCGCUACAUCUGAGACAUCCACUAGUGAGACAGUGGCAACAAGAGCUACUCACUCUGCAGUUGUAUCAACAUCUUCCAGGGAGAUAACAACCAGUGUCUCUCUCUCAACACUACCUGAAACUUUCACCAGUGAGACAACCCUAACAACGACCUCUCUUCCCCCUACUUUUAGUGAAUAUACAAAAAGUGAGACUCCCAUGGCAACCUCCCUACCGGUCCUGAGCACAGCCGAAAUUUCCACAAGGGAGGAAAGUCUGACGACGGCUUCCCAGUCUACUCUGACAGCAUCGUCCAGUGAAAGUCCCAUGAGGACGACUGUCACACAACCAGCGGUCUCUGAAUUCACCUCCAAUGAGACAACCAUGACAUUGGUUCCUCCCCAUCCAAAUGGUACUGAAUUUACAAGUACGGAGACUACCAUGGCAAGCUCUCCUUCUCUUCCAAUGACAGAGACAUCCACACACAAUGAGAUAACAUCUUCAGUGCACACCACAAUGGAAACAAGCAACAGUGAGACAACCUCAGCAACAUCCUCUCCACCGCCAACGGUGACCUUCUCUUCCACCCAUAGCACCUUCUUGACUUCUGUCUCUCACACAACCCUUUCUGAAACCACCACCAAUGAAACAACUCUGGCAACAACACUUUCUGCUCCAGCUUCAACAGCAUUUACCAACCGUGAAACAACAUUGUCAACAACACCCUCUGCGUCCGCUACAUCUGAAACAUCCACUAGUGAGACAGUGCCAACAAGAGCUACUCACCCUGCUGUUGUAUCAACGUCUUCCAGGGAGAUAACAACCAGUGUCUCUCUCUCAACACUACCUGAAUCUUUCACCAGUGAGACAACCCUAACAACGACCUCUCUUCCCCCUACUUUUAGUGAAUAUACAAAAAGUGAGACUCCCAUGGCAACCUCCCUACCGGUCCUGAGCACAGCCGAAAUUUCCACAAGGGAGGAAAGUCUGACGACGGCUUCCCAGUCUACUCUGACAGCAUCGUCCAGUGAAAGUCCCAUGAGGACGACUGUCACACAACAAGCGGUCUCUGAAUUCACCUCCAAUGAGACAACCAUGACAUUGGUUCCUCCCCAUCCAACUGGUACUAAAUUUACAAGUACGGAGACUACCAAGGCAAGCUCUCCUUCUUUUCCAAUGACAGAGACAUCCACACACAAUGAGAUAACAUCUUCAGUGCACACCACAAUGGAAACAAGCAACAGUGAGACAACCUCAGCAACAUCCUCUCCACCGCCAACGGUGACCUUCUCUUCCACCCAUAACACCUUCUUGACUUCUGUCUCUCACACAACCCUUUCUGAAACCACCACCAAUAAAACAAGUCUGGCAACAACACUUUCUGCUCCAGCUUCAACAGCAUUUACCAACCGUGAAACAACAUUGUCAACAACACCCUCUGCGUCCGCUACAUCUGAAACAUCCACUAGUGAGACAGUGGCAACAAGAGCUACUCACUCUGCUGUUGUAUCAACGUCUUCCAGGGAGAUAGCAACCAGUGUCUCUCUCUCAACACUACCUGAAACUUUCACCAGUGAGACAACCCUAACAACGACCUCUCUUCCCCCUACUUUUAGUGAAUAUACAAAAAGUGAGACUCCCAUGGCAACCUCCUUUCCGGUCCUGAGCACAGCCGAAAUUUCCACAAGGGAGGAAAGUCUGACGACGGCAUCCCAGUCUACUCUGACAGCAUCGUCCAGUGAAAGUCCCAUGAGGACGACUGUCACACAACCAGCGGUCUCUGAAUUCACCUCCAAUGAGACAACCAUGACAUUGGUUCCUCCCCAUCCAACUGGUACUGAAUUUACAAGUACGGAGACUACCAUGGCAGGCUCUCCUUCUCUUCCAAUGACAGAGACAUCCACACACAAUGAGAUAACAUCUUCAGUGCACACCACAAUGGAAACAAGCAACAGUGAGACAACCUCAGCAACAUCCUCUCCACCGCCAACGGUGACCUUCUCUUCCACCCAUAGCACCUUCUUGACUUCUGUCUCUCACACAACCCUUUCUGAAACCACCACCAAUAAAACAAGUCUGGCAACAACACUUUCUGCUCCAGCUUCAACAGCAUUUACCAACCGUGAAACAACAUUGUCAACAACACCCCCUGCAUCCGCUACAUCUGAAACAUCCACUAGUGAGACAGUGGCAACAAGAGCUACUCACUCUGCUGUUGUAUCAACGUCUUCCAGGGAGAUAGCAACCAGUGUCUCUCUCUCAACACUACCUGAAACUUUCACCAGUGAGACAACCCUAACAACGACUCUUCUUCCCCCUACAUUUAGUGAAUAUACAAAAAGUGAGACUCCCAGGGCAACCUCUCUUCCGGUCCUGAGCACAGCCGAAAUGUCCACAAGGGAGGAAAGUCUGACGACGGCUUCCCAGUCUACUGUGACAGCAUCGUCCAGUGAAAGUCCCUUGAGGACGACUGUCACACAACCAGCGGUCUCUGAAUUCACCUCCAAUGAGACAACCAUGACUUUGGUUCCUCCCCAUCCAACUGGUACUGAAUUUACAAGUACGGAGACUACCAUGGCAAGCUCUCCUUCUUUUCCAAUGACAGAGACAUCCACACACAAUGAGAUAACAUCUUCAGUGCACACCACAAUGGAAACAAGCAACAGUGAGACAACCUCAGCAACAUCCUCUCCACCGCCAACGGUGACCUUCUCUUCCACCCAUAGCACCUUCUUGACUUCUGUCUCUCACACAACCCUUUCUGAAACCACCACCAAUGAAACGACUCUGGCAACAACACUUUCUGCUCCAGCUUCAACAGCAUUUACCAAGCGUGAAACAACAUUGUCAACAACACCUUCUGCGUCCGCUACAUCUGAGACAUCCACUAGUGAGACAGUGGCAACAAGAGCUACUCACUCUGCAGUUGUAUCAACAUCUUCCAGGGAGAUAACAACCAGUUUCUCUCUCUCAACACUACCUGAAACUUUCACCAGUGAGACAACCCUAACAACGACCUCUCUUCCCCCUACUUUUAGUGAAUAUACAAAAAGUGAGACUCCCAUGGCAACCUCCCUACCGGUCCUGAGCACAGCCGAAAUUUCCACAAGGGAGGAAAGUCUGACGACGGCUUCCCAGUCUACUCUGACAGCAUCGUCCAGUGAAAGUCCCAUGAGGACGACUGUCACACAACCAGCGGUCUCUGAAUUCACCUCCAAUGAGACAACCAUGACAUUGGUUCCUCCCCAUCCAACUGGUACUGAAUUUACAAGUACGGAGACUACCAUGGCAGGCUCUCCUUCUCUUCCAAUGACAGAGACAUCCACACACAAUGAGAUAACAUCUUCAGUGCACACCACAAUGGAAACAAGCAACAGUGAGACAACCUUAGCAACAUCCUCUCCACCGCCAACGAUGACCUUCUCUUCCACCCAUAGCACCUUCUUGACUUCUGUCUCUCACACAACCGUUUCUGAAACCACCACCAAUGAAACGACUCUGGCAACAACAGUUUCUGCUCCAGCUUCAACAGAAUUUACCAACCGUGAAACAACAUUGUCAACAACACCCUCUGCGUCCGCUACAUCUGAAACAUCCACUACACCUUCUUGA